GUGUUGGAAAUCGUCUAAGCCAAGCUUAUUGGUUCCUGCUUCUGAAAACCUGCAUAACUUUGGCUGUCAAGGUUUGAAAAAUAUUUUGCAUGUAAAAUGUUCAAAAAGUGUAGCUUCAGCCUCAUGAGUGGGAAUUGGUAAGGAAGCUUGGUUUUCCCUUCGGCAUCCAGCUUCUCAUUGGUUAUCAAUCUUAUGGCCAAUAUAAUUUGUGAAGACAGAUCUUUGCAAAGUAGACGAUGUACAAGUUGCAGUUACUUAUAUCAGCGGUCUGAAAAUGUGUCAGUUUUGUUGUAUCGAUUUUCGUUUGGUUGAUUUUUGUGGAUCACUGUAGCAUCCACUGCCAGCAUAUUCAGUGACAGAACAAAUUUGUUAAGGGCUAGGGUUUAAUUAAUCCCGUCACUUAUAUAGUUAUAUCCUAGAGUAGAUAUCCCUUUAUACUAUAUGUGCUUAUUUGCUUCAGAGUUGCCUCUUCAUAGUUCAUACGGAGUUGACCCUUGACAGGUUGGGGUCAUUGGCUUCUUCACAGUUCAGGUUUAUAAGGUGGAAAAUGGGGUUAACUAAAUCAGUAUCUUAGUUUUAGGAUUGCAGAUAAUAUUAGUAUUACGGAGUAGUAAUCAGUUAUCAAAUUUGUUUUUGGUUGUGUGAUUGACUGCUAUAAGUAAUUUUCCAAUGUUGUGUUUUCCAAAGAAGAUGCAGACGGGGAGGGGUGCUUGACUGCUUCUCAUUUCCAUAUAUUUUUUGUAGUAUAAAAGUUUACCCAUGAUUGUCUGUUAAGCGUAAACACUUCAUGUAAUCCUCCAUUAACUUAUUUUUGACAAUCAUCAGAUCACCUGUAUGAUUGAACUUUCUUAUAGGAGAUACUAUCAUCCAUGGGAUCAAAAUCAUAUGGAAACUUGCUGGGCCUAGUCUCUGGUGAUCUACUGGAUAUCCCUUGUACUCCUAGAACUCUUCCACGGGUAAUGACUGUUCCUGGGAUUAUCUCUGACUUGGAUGGUCGUGAGAGUAGUGAUGAAGAUGUGGAUGCCUCAAUUGUUCGUGAGAGAACGAUUGUUGUUGCUAAUAUGCUGCCUCUUCAUGCAUCUAGGGAUACAGAAACUGGAAAGUGGCGUUUCACUGUUGAUGAGGAUUCAAUUCUUCUACAGUUGAAAAAUGGAUUGACACCCAAUACCGAGGUUAUCUAUAUCGGUUCUCUGAAGGCUGAUAUUGAUAUUAAUGAGCAGGAUGAGGUUUCACAGAAGCUUCUCAGGGAAUUUAAAUGUGUUCCUACGUUUCUUCCCCAAGAUCUCCAGAAGAAGUUUUAUCAUGGGUAUUGUAAGCAGUAUUUGUGGCCGCUUUUUCAUUACAUGCUACCCAUGUGCCCAGACCAUGGUGAUCGUUUUGAUCGUGCACUCUGGCAGGCAUAUGUUUGUGCUAAUAAAAUAUUUGCUGAUAAAGUAAUGGAAGUCAUAAACCCUGAGGAUGAUUAUGUAUGGGUACAUGAUUAUCACCUCAUGGUCCUGCCUACAUUUUUAAGGAAACGAUUCUUUCGAGUUAAGCUGGGAUUUUUCUUGCAUAGUCCAUUCCCUUCAUCAGAAAUCUACCGAACAUUGCCUGUAAGGGAUGAAAUCUUGAGAGGGCUGCUGAAUUGUGAUUUAGUUGGUUUUCAUACCUUUGAUUAUGCCAGGCAUUUCCUGUCGUGCUGCAGUAGGAUGCUCGGAUUGGACUACGCAUCAAAGAGAGGGCAUAUUGGAUUGGAUUAUUUUGGUCGCACUGUUUUUAUUAAAAUUUUGCCUGUCGGUAUUCAUGUUGGUCGAAUAGAAUCUGCUUUGAAUCUUCCUUGCACAUCAGUCAGAGUUAAAGAAAUCCAAGAACAGUUCAAAGGGAAAAAAGUGAUAGUAGGGAUUGAUGAUAUGGAUAUAUUUAAAGGUAUCAGUCUGAAAUUAUUGGCCAUAGAGCAACUUCUUCUUCAGAAUCCAGAGUUCCAGGGCACGUUGGUCCUGAUUCAAAUCAUUAAUCCUGCUCGAAGUUCAGGCAAGGAUGUACAGGAAGCAAAGAGGGAGACAUAUCUGAUUGCAAGAAGGAUUAAUGAGAUGUAUGGUUCUCCAGAUUAUGAACCUGUGGUUAUUAUCGAUCGCCCUGUUCCUCGAUUUGAGAAGUCAGCAUAUUAUGCUGUAGCCGAAUGCUGCCUAGUUAAUGCUGUUAGGGACGGUAUGAAUCUGGUUCCAUACAAGUACAUUGUCUGCAGGCAGGGAACACCCACUUUAGAUGAAGCUUUGGGUGUAAAAUCAGACACUCCUCAAACAAGUAUGCUUGUAGUUUCGGAAUUUGUAGGAUGCUCUCCUUCUCUCAGUGGUGCCAUCAGAGUGAACCCAUGGGAUAUUGAUGCUGUGGCCGAAGCCUUGAAUUUGGCUCUUACGAUGCCAGAUGCUGAGAAACAUUUACGGCAUGAGAAACAUUAUCGAUAUGUUAGUUCUCAUGACGUGGCUUAUUGGGCACGCAGUUUUGUGCAGGAUUUGGAGAGAGCAUGCCAAAACCAUUAUAAUAAACGGUGUUGGGGAUUUGGUUUAGGGCUAAGUUUCAGAGUCGUCUCUCUUUCUCCAAGUUUCAGGAAGCUGAAUGUUGACUAUAUUGCCUCAGCGUAUAGGAGGACCAGUAAAAGAGUGAUAUUCCUGGAUUAUGAUGGUACUAUUGUACCACAAACAAGUAUGAACAAAUGUCCAAGUCCUGAAGUCUUCUCUGUUCUGAAUGCUCUUUGCAAUGAUCCCAAAAACACAGUGUUUGUCGUCAGCGGCAGAGGAAAAACUCAACUAGAUGAAUGGCUCAGUCCAUGCCAGUUACUGGGAAUAGCUGCUGAGCAUGGGUACUUCUUACGACCGAAUAAAGCUACUGAAUGGGAAUCUAAUACUGCAGAGCUUGACUGGAAAGAGAUUGUUGAACCUAUCAUGAGAUCGUAUACUGAAGCAACAGAUGGCUCUAACAUAGAGACCAAAGAAAGUGCCUUGGUGUGGCAUCACCAAGAUGCGGACCCUGACUUUGGAUCCUGGCAAGCGAUGGAGUUAAUGGAUCAUCUCGAAAACGUUCUUGCCAAUGAACCAACUGUUGUUGCCAGGGGUCACAACAUUGUUGAAGUUAAGCCACAGGGUGUUAGCAAGGGGCUUGUUGUUGAGAAAGUUAUUACAACGUUAAUCAAUGGUGGAAAACGACCAGACUUUCUGGUGUGCAUUGGGGAUGACAGAUCUGAUGAAGACAUGUUUGAAAGCUUGUUGAAGUUCUCAAGUCCAACUUCAUCUGGGCUUCCUGAAGUCUUCUGCUGCACUGUUGGACAAAAGCCUAGCAAAGCAAAGUACUAUCUUGAUGAUACAUCUGACGUCUUACGGCUUCUGGCUGGGCUAGCUGCUGCUGCCUCAACUCAAAAACCUCGGUAUAAUCCUCAUGCUCAAGUCUCGUUUGAAAGUACUUUCUAGCACGCCAGUCUGUUCUUGUAGUUAUAGAUCCACCCAGUGUGUCUACGCCAGAAAAAAGAUUACUGUCACAUGAUUCUCUUCUACUAGGUGAAACUGGUAUUCUACUCCUGUGAUCUUAAAGUCUUUUUAACACGUUAAAACAUUGGGUAAUUGUACAUGGUGAAAGUAGUGUAGUUCUCCGACAAGAAGGGACCUUUUGAUGCAGAUCGUGGUUGCUUUAAGCUCGCCAUCAAUGUGUACAGGAUUCUGUUUGAUGCCAAAGUUCCCCCCUAUUGUCUCUAACAAAAUGAUUUGGAUGAUCAUGAACAAAAAACAACAUAGGAAUAUCCCGGCUUGAUCUUUCACAAAGGUCAGCAGGAUGCUCGUUGCUAACAAAAAAAAGCUUUUGCGGAUAUAAGCGGUUUCUUCUACUUCCCGUUGAAUCAUAAACUCGGAAAAAAGAGUGAGUUUCUGCGUCUUAUUAUUUACUACAUACUCUAACUGUUGUUGGAAUUCGCUUGUAUGUUUUGCCUUUGUAAAUUUCUUUUACGGAGUAGUAAAAAAAAAGGGCGAUUGUUGUUCUUUUUACAUGAUACUACUGUUGUUUCUUUUUUUGGGUGAUAAUUUGCUUGAAUUUAUAUUUUGCAA